AUCCAAACUACUAAUUGUAUCACAAAUUGUAUAAACUAAUCAAGCCAACACACAAUAGUAAUAAUUACAAUAGAUACGUAUGCUAAUAUCUUUAGUGUCCUCAAAGAUCAAUGUAUUGCCAGAUGACUUUGAUUUGAUGUUUUCUGACAUGGUCUUAGAAGAUGAGAUGAUAAUUGCUCUUCCUAAUCCAUGUGAAAUCAUUGUCAAGAUUAUUGAAUCAGACCCAUCAUUCCAAAGAGUAACAUAUGAACCGACAUUUCUUGAAAUGUUGAACUCUGUUCCAAUUAAUAGAAAGUUCAGGGGAUUCUCCUGGUACAAGUAAAAGCUCGACACAAUCAUCGUUCAUUUUGCAGCCACAAAUUAUAAAUGUCCCAGCUACUGUCCAGUCUCCACUCUCUCUAGAGAUUGGAGUUAAGCUACCUAUCUUUUCAAUGGAGUGCAGCAAAUAUUUAAAUGGUUUGGUGCCUUGCCGUAAGUAUACUUUAAAAGAUGUUUGCAGUGAAUUGGCGCAUCACCUUGAAGAGUGUCUUCCAGAGGGAAACCCUUCAAUAAGAAAAAGGUUCUAUAAUCGUGUAACUGUCCUUUUGAAACAGUCAUACCCAACCUGUACUUUUGUAGAAGAGGGUGCAGGUGGAGUUGUAAAGCGCGUUUCUAAUGUAAUUCGGAAGCGACGUGAGCGUCGUUUAAAAAGUUUGCUUGAGGUAAAAAAUGCAAACAGAAUGCUAAACAUCUCUGGAAUAAACGACAGCUCAUUUGAUGAAGACAUACAGAUCAUGGACGAAUUUGAAAAAAUGGGCAUUGUUUCCAAAGAAGCUGCAUUAGAGAGGCUAUUGCAAGUUGUUGAAAAGUUGUAUCCAGGUUCAGAUAUUCCGUCUGCCCUAAUACGAUUUCAUAAGAACACUACCAGAAAAGAAGUGUUGUGUCCAAUUGUUAUUGCUAGUUCUGAAGAUAACGUCUCUUCUCCUGGGCCCCAACUCAUUUUAGGAGAGAAAAUAACAUUUGUUGAUAAAGGAAAAGUAAUUGCGAUUGGUCAUCGGCAUAAUGAUUCCUUACACGUGCUUCAAUUAAUUGCUUAUUAUUAUAUUAUGGACUUGUCGUACCCAAGAUCGUUUGGGGAGUUUUGGGGCUGUUGCAGCAUUACGUCUUGCAAAUACCAUUUGCUUGUACAAAUAAGCUUUGGUUAAAAAAAUGCCGAGUCUUGUAAAA